GACACAGACAGACAGAGGUUUAGACAGACAGACCAGAGGUAAGGACGGACAGACCUCCUCUGGAGCUGCCCAGCGUCGACAUGUGGCACCGAGAGGAGCUCCUGAAGCCCAUAUGGCACGCCUUCACCGCCCUGGACGUGGACCAUCGUGGAAAAGUUUCCAAGUCUCAGCUGAAGGUGCUGUCCUACAACCUGUGCACAGUGAUGAAGAUCCCUCAUGACCCCGUGGUCCUCGACGAGCACUUCAAAGACGACGAUAAAGGGCCUCUGUCCAACCAGGGCUACAUGCCAUACCUCAACAGGUUCAUUCUCGACAAGGUACAGGAGGAUUUCGAUGUGGUGGAGUUCUUCAGGAUGUGCUGGACUCUGUGUUACAAGAAAAAUUUGCACACUCAACGCCUCCUCAUCUCAGAUAGGGACGCUUUCAAAGUGUGGUGCAUUUUCAACUUCCUGUCUGAGGACAGAUACCCACUAGUCAUCGUCAUUGAAGAGAUCGAGUACUUUCUGCGAAAGCUGACGGAGGCCAUGGGGAGCGGCUGGAGCGAGGAGAACUUUGCACAUUACAAGAUGCAGCUGAACAGAAAGAGCUGCCUGACGGCCUGGGAGCUGAUCGAGCUGGUGGGCAUAGGUCACUUCAGCAAGGGCUUGGAUCGCCAGACCGUAUCCAUGGGCAUCAACGAGGUCUUCACUGAGCUCAUACUGGAUGUGCUCAAGCAGGGCUACAUGAUAAAAAAGGGCCACAAGAGGAAGAACUGGACCGAGCGCUGGUUCGUCCUUCGACCCACCUCGCUGUCGUACUACAUCGGUGAGGACAUGUCGGAGAAGAAGGGAGACAUAACGCUGGACCAGAGCUGCUGUGUGGAGUCUCUGCCAGAUAAAGACGGAAGGAAAUGCCUUUUUAUUAUCAAGUGCGUUGAUAAAAGCUUUGAGAUCAGCGCAUCAGAUAAAAAGAAGAAGCAGGAAUGGAUUCAAGCUGUUGAGUCGUGCAUCCAGCUGCUGAGGUUGGGGCUGUUGUCUCCUCACCGUGAGGCUCGGCUGAGGCGGCGGGAGCUCCGGCAGAGGCAGCAGAUGGAUGAGAAGGACCUGGCUGAGAGGAUGAAGCAGCUCCAGAAGGCCAACGAUGUCAAACAGAAACAGCUGGAGGACAUGAGGAUGAAAAUGGAAGAGGCUAUGGCCAAAGCAACGCUGGAGGAGCUCAGGAGGAAGAAGAAUCAGUCGGACCUGCAGGAUCGCUACAGACUGGAGCUGGAGAGAGAGAAAAUGGUGCGUCAGCAGAUGGAGGAGCAGGUGGCUCAGAAGUCCAGUGAGCUGGACCAGUACCUGCAGCGCGUCCGAGAGCUGGAGGACAUGUACCACCGACUGGAGGAGGCCUUGGAGGACGAGAGGCAGGCCAAGCAGGACGAGGAGGCCAUGCGGAGGCUGCAGGCCAGGCUGCUGGAGGAGGAGGCAGCCAAGAGGGCCGAGCUGGAGCAGAUCCACCUGCAGCAGCAGAGGGCGCUGUCUCAGACCGAGGCACAGAAGCAGGAGCUGAUGGCCGACCAUCUGGCCAAAGAGAGAGACCUGCAGGCAGCCAUGCUGCAGCUGGAGAAGCUGGAGAAGGAGAGGCAUGGAGCGCUGAAACAGUACGAGGAGGUGUCGAAGAAGCUUGAACGAGCAUCUAACAAGACUAAGACUUGGAAAGACAAGGUGGCGAAACACGAGGGGCUGGUGCGCCUCAUCCAGCCAGGUCAUAAAGGACCUCAGCAGAUCACUAACUGGGGUCCGGCGGCGUUCACUGACUCUGAGUUUGAGCAGAGGAAGAAAAUGUGGCAGGAGAGUAAGAACCAGGGAGCUGAGGCUCAGUGACCAUUCUGGAUUAGACUCUGGCUGUAAUAGACACGGUGCAUUCAGUAGUGUGCAGGUCGGAUCAUUAUCAUCACUUUGCAUCAUCAUUUUCAGCUGUUCUAUAAAAUGAGGGACCCAGAGUUUGGAUUGAAACAAAACUGCAGAAAGUAAACGUUGAACAUUAUGUUUGACUGAUUUCAGAUGCAGCCUCUAAACCUUGAUGAACCGUCACGUUCCAGGUCUUUGAUAUCACAGAUUUGCUGAGCCUCAUGAUCGCUGCAAACACUGCUUUACUUAUAUGAUUAGUUUGGAAUGUACAGCUCAUAUUUAAUGCAUUCAGUUUCCUCUGUCCCAUUCACGAGGUACAAGUUAUUUUUUAAUCUUGGAAGACGUCUGGCAAAAUACUUUUAAAGCUCCCAUAUGGUGAAACUCCAUCUUUAUUGUGUUCUGUAUGUCUAGAAAACUUGGAGGAGUCAAACACUCGUGUUGUUCCUCUGCUUCAGUGCAACUUAAACGCAGCCUUUACAUCAGUUUGCUUCCCUCCUGCUCUCUGUGCUCACAUAAAAUGCAUUUUAAUACAC